GAAGUUCAUGAUUAUUUGAAGAGCCUUUGCCCUGACAUGCAUGUUACUCGAGGUGAAUAUGAUGAGGAUUCACGUUAUCCAGAGACCAAGACACUUACAAUUGGUCAAUUCAAGCUUGGAUUAUGCCAUGGUCAUCAGGUUAUCCCUUGGGGAGAUCUGGACUCUCUAGCCAUGCUCCAGAGGCAGUUAGAUGUGGACAUCCUUGUGACUGGGCAUACCCAUCAGUUCAAGGCCUAUAAACAUGAGGGUGGCGUUGUCAUAAACCCUGGAUCUGCCACUGGUGCAUACAGCAGUAUCACCUAUGAUGUUAACCCAAGCUUUGUCCUCAUGGACAUUGAUGGCCUCCGUGUUGUGGUCUAUGUCUAUGAACUCAUUGAUGGAGAGGUGAAGGUUGACAAGAUUGACUUCAAGAAGACGGCCACGACUCCCUCUCACUGAACAGGGCUUUUGUUGCCCUUUAUGGACUUCUACUCCCCAUUCUUUAGAAUAUGAGCAUAGUGUUGUGCAUGUGAUCUUUUCAUUUGGGCACUGUGAUGGUUGUGUUUCAUAAUUUGUACUAAAUUUUAGAGAGAUUGUUGGAGACUGUGUUUCAGAAAGAAAAAAAUAAUAAUAUUUCAAACAGAAUUGUGUUUUUGGUGGUACUGAA